GGAGGACCUUAAUAUUAUACCUUAUGUAUUCUGUCAUGGUUCAUUGGCGGAUAAGCUUGUUAAAGCAGCUAUUGUUGUGGAUUCUAUAAUAUUAAAUGUAGCAGCUAAAUGUCAUAAUUA